CUGUUCCAGUCUGACGAUGGUGAGGAGUCCUAUGUUGACACCGAUGUGGAUGAAUCGGAUACGAGCAAAGUAACCUUAUCGUAUAAUUCACCUGUCGAUGAUUAUUCGAAGAAUGUAGCGGAGGUAUGGAAGGGUUCUUUGCCAGACCUGAAACAGAAGUCAUUCCCGACUGUCGAGCAUAUCAGAACGCUGAUGCGUUAUGUCUGCGUUCCAGGCUAUGUGAUGAAAACGAAACACACCAGUGAAUGUGCUUCGUGUAGACGCGACUACAAACCACUCUAUCAGGAGUUUGGAGUGUUUCUCUAUCCACAGAAGAGGAGUGAAAUUGGAUUACCUCCGAUGUUUUAUGGGAGUCUGAGUGACGGGACUACAGUUGCAAGAACGUUCCAGCUAUACCUGUACACUUCUCAUAAGUCGGCGAAGAAGGGCCAUGACGAUAAAAACAACAAUCAACGUCCUUUUCUGGGAGAUGUAGCCUUGCUUGAGAUGGUGGAUCCUACUCUAGUGACAAAAGAAGAUUAUCAUAUACUUCGCCUGAAUGGGUUCGCUCAUGAGAUUGGCGCUAAUGGGACGAUUUACUGGGCUCGCGGCAUUGUUUAUCAAGAAUUUGGCUUUAAGUCAGAAUGUGUUAUCAAAGCUGCAGUGGAAACGAGGCUUGUUGCACGAGAUCCAAAAAGCCGUGACGGCAACAUUGUUUGUUGCACAGAGACGAUAAAGAAGUGGCUGGAUAACAUGGGAUACAGCGAGAAAGGUUUUUCUUUAGUGCUGCUAAUCGGUGAUCUGCACAUCCCUCAUCGGGAGUACAACCUCUCAGCGAAAUUCCGUAAACUACUUGUGCCAAACAAAAUGCAGCAUGUACUCUGUACUGGAAACCUUGUGCACUCAACGCUUUCUCCUGAUGUUCAUGUGGUACGUGGUGAAUUUGAUGAUGAAUCGUUGAAGUAUCCUGACACAAAAGUGGUAACCGUAGGACAAUUCCGCAUUGGUCUCAUUCACGGUCAUCAGAUCAUACCCUGGGGAGAUGAGGCGGUACGUUUGAAUUAUUCGGCAUUAUUUUUUACGAAUUUGUACUUUUAA